GAGAAGGGAGAAUUGAGAUCUCAAUGUUUUUGCUGCAAAAAUUGUCAAACAGUAAAAAUGCCAGGUUUUCAAGAACCAGCAGAGCUGGCUCAUUAUUGUAGACUGCAUGCACUCCAUUCCUGUUACUAUGGAAACAUACUGAGACUGUGGGUUUAUCAUAAAAACCUUGAGAAACGUUCCUUGCAACAGUUCACAUAGAGAAACAUCUGGAUCCCUUGUUUAUGCUCGGAUAAAGGCUGACCGCCCUCCUCCUCUGUGUUGUGGAAAGGCAUGUCAUAUUUCACGAUUUUUCUUUAGCUGUAAAAAUUCUGGUGUGGAUAUAUCAAGCAUACUUUGCUUUUGAUUGCAUUUGCUGGACUAGAUCAAUGUUUAUGCCGGUUCGGUUAGCCAUGCCUGUGAAAACUGUGUUUUCAGAACUUCUGCAUUCUGAACUUCUAACUUACAGUAUCAAUAGCAAGAGCUUGAAACAGAUGGACUAGUAAAGUUUCUUUUAAAGAAAAAUGCGCUUGGGUCUUUGGUUGGGCUAACACUCUCCCUUCCAAGGAAGGGUCUCCCCAAGCGCAGGUGGCAGCAGCUGUGAGCCGUGUCAGUCCAAGGUUGCCUGCCAGUUACCCGAGGAGGUAGCAGCCACGUUUCUCUUACCAUCUACUGGAAGGCACCAACGGCUCUUGAAAGUGUCUCGCUUCUGUGUAACGACUGCCUCCAGUUUACACACAUCAGUGUAAAAGAUUCACCAGGGGCCUUCCCAUGGUUGUGUUAAGAACAUAGCCUGUGUGGGAGUGAAGUCACUUCCUUCUCUGCAGUUUAAGGAUUGAUUCUAUGAGAUGUGCCUGCUGUCUUUAGCAACACAGAGGAAAGUUACUCAGACUCAGAGCUUAAAUGACUGCUUCUUAGAAAUGACUUGCUGAUCUCAGAAGAUGGCUAAGGGCACAUGACGCACGCGAGGCGGUAUGAGCCCGAUGAGAGAAAGGGAAAGUUAAGGAUGCUGGAGCAGAACAAUGGAUUUCUCCUUCUCUUUCAUGCAAGGGAUCAUGGGAAACACAAUUCAGCAACCACCUCAACUCAUUGACUCCGCCAACAUCCGUCAGGAGGAUGCCUUUGACAACAGCAGUGACAUUGUUGAAGAUGGUGGCCAGACACCGUAUGAAGCUACCUUGCAGCAAGGCUUUCAGUACCCACCUACAACGGAAGACCUUCCUCCACUCACAAAUGGCUAUCCACCAUCAAUCAGCAUGUACGAAACCCAGACCAAAUACCAGUCAUAUAAUCAGUAUCCCAAUGGGUCAGCCAAUGGCUUUGGUGCCGUUAGAAACUGUAGCCCUCCCGACUAUUACCAUUCCGAAAUUCCAAACACAAGACCACAUGAGAUUCUGGACAAACCUUCCCCUCCACAGCCACCACCCCCUCCUUCGGUACCACAAACUGUGAUUCCAAAGAAGACUGGCUCACCUGAAAUCAAACUGAAAAUAACCAAAACUAUCCAGAAUGGCAGGGAAUUGUUUGAGUCUUCCCUUUGCGGAGACCUCUUAAACGAAGUGCAGGCACAUGAGCACAGCAAGUCCAAGCAUGAGAGCAGAAAGGAGAAGAGGAAAAAGAGCAGCAAGCACGACUCGCCCAGGGCCGAGGAGCGCAGGGUGCACAAAGCCCCCAAGCUGGAGCCUCAGGAGCCCAGUAGACCAAAUGAAAGGGUUGACACUGUAUCAGAAAAACCAAGAGAAGAUCCAGUAUUAAAAGAAGAAGCCCCAGCUCAGCCGAUACCAUCUUCUGUGCCAGCACCAGAAGUGUCAACUGGUGUUAAGUUCCAGGUUGGUGAUCUUGUUUGGUCCAAGGUGGGAACCUAUCCUUGGUGGCCUUGUAUGGUUUCAAGUGAUCCCCAGCUCGAGGUUCAUACCAAAAUUAACACAAGAGGUGCCCGGGAAUAUCAUGUCCAGUUUUUCAGCAACCAGCCAGAGCGGGCCUGGGUUCAUGAAAAGCGAGUGCGGGAGUAUAAAGGUCAUAAACAGUAUGAAGAGCUACUGGCCGAGGCAACUAAACAAGCCAGCAAUCACUCUGAGAAACAAAAGAUCAGGAAACCUCGGCCUCAGAGAGAACGUGCUCAGUGGGACAUUGGCAUUGCCCAUGCAGAGAAAGCCUUGAAAAUGACUCGAGAAGAAAGAAUAGAACAGUACACUUUCAUCUACAUUGAUAAACAGCCAGAAGACCAAUCAAAGAAGAAUGCUGCCUCCAAAGCCGAAGUUAAAAAACCCCGCAAGCCAAGAUCUGUCCCCAACACUCAGCCAGAACAGCCCAGUGCAGGGGAGGUGGCCUCCUCACACUCAAGUACUGAGAACCGGAGGCAAAGCCAGCGGAGGCACGCCAGUGUGGAGGAGGAGGAGCCGCCCCCAGUCAAGAUAGCCUGGAAGACAGCAGCAGCCAGGAAGUCCUUACCAGCUUCCAUCACCAUGCACAAGGGGAGUCUGGAUUUGCAAAAGUGCAACAUGUCCCCAGUUGUGAAAAUUGAACCAGUGUUUGCUCUUCAGAAUGCCACAGGAGACGGGAAAUUUAUCGAUCAGUUUGUUUAUUCAACAAAGGGAAUUGGUAACAAAACAGAAAUAAGUGUCCGAGGGCAAGAGAAGCUUAUAAUUUCUACACCAAACCAGAAAAGUGAAAAGCCAGCGCAGAAUGUAUCAUCUCCUGAAGCAACAGCUGGUGCUGCAGGCUCAGUAGAAAAGAAGCAGCAGCGAAGAUCGAUUCGGACGCGUUCUGAAUCAGAGAAAUCCACCGAGGCUGUGCCAAAGAAGAAGGUCAAAAAGGAGCAGGUUGAAACAGUUCCUCAGACUACGGUGAAGACUGGAUUACAGAAAGGUGCCAGCGAGAUUUCAGAUUCCUGUAAACCUCUAAAGAAAAGGAGUCGCGCCUCAACUGAUGUAGAAAUGACUAGCUCAGCAUACAGAGACACAUCUGACUCCGAUUCUAGAGGACUGUGUGAUCUGCAGGUGGGCUUUGGGAAGCAAGUAGACAGCCCUUCAGCCACUGCAGACGCAGAGGUGUCUGAUGUGCAGUCCGUGGACUCCAGCUUGUCCAGAAGAGGCGUUAGCACGAGUAAGAAGGACAGUGUUUGUCAGAUCUGUGAAAGCUCUGGUGACUCUCUGAUUCCUUGUGAGGGAGAGUGCUGCAAACACUUCCACCCAGAGUGCCUGGGGCUGACCUCACUGCCGGAUGGGAAGUUCAUCUGUGUGGAAUGUCAGACCGGACAGCACCCGUGUUUCUCCUGCAAGGUGUCCGGAAAGGAUGUGAAGCGCUGUUCUGUGGGUGCCUGUGGAAAAUUCUACCAUGAAGCCUGUGUCCGCAAAUUCCCCACUGCCAUCUUUGAGUCCAAAGGAUUCCGCUGUCCCCAGCACUGCUGCUCUGCCUGCUGCGUGGAGAAAGAUAUCCACAAAGCGAGUAAAGGCCGCAUGAUGAAGUGUCUGCGGUGUCCCGUUGCCUACCACUCUGGAGAUGCUUGUGUUGCGGCCGGAAGCAUGUUUGUGUCCUCCUACAUUCUCAUCUGUAGUAAUCAUUCCAAACGGAGCAGCAGUUCUUCCUCUGCUGUAAAUGUAGGCUUUUGUUUCGUUUGUGCCAGAGGGCUGAUAGUUCAGGACCAUUCAGACCCCAUGUUCAGUUCAUAUGCCUAUAAGUCCCACUACCUUCUGAAUGAAUCAAACCGUGCUGAGUUGAUGAAAUUACCUAUGAUUCCUUCUUCGUCAGCUUCCAAAAAGAAAUGUGAGAAAGGUGGAAGAUUGCUCUGCUGUGAGUCGUGUCCCGCCUCCUUCCACCCGGAGUGCCUGAGCAUAGACAUGCCCGAAGGCUGCUGGAACUGUAACGACUGCAAAGCCGGCAAGAAGCUGCACUACAAGCAGAUUGUGUGGGUCAAGUUGGGAAACUACAGAUGGUGGCCGGCAGAGAUCUGCAACCCCAGGUCUGUGCCCCUCAACAUCCAGGGACUGAAACACGACCUGGGGGACUUCCCUGUGUUCUUCUUUGGAUCCCAUGACUACUACUGGGUGCACCAGGGCAGAGUCUUCCCAUACGUGGAAGGAGACCGAAGCUUUGCUGAGGGACAGACCAGCAUCAACAAAACCUUCAAGAAAGCACUGGAAGAAGCUGCAAAACGUUUCCAGGAACUGAAAGCACAGAGGGAAAGUAAAGAAGCACUGGAGAUUGAAAAAAAUUCAAGAAAACCACCUCCGUACAAACACAUCAAGGCCAACAAAGUCAUCGGGAAGGUACAGAUCCAAGUCGCUGACCUGUCGGAGAUCCCCCGCUGUAACUGCAAGCCCGCCGACGAGAACCCGUGUGGCCUGGAGUCCCAGUGCCUCAACAGGAUGUUGCAGUAUGAGUGCCACCCGCAGGUGUGCCCAGCUGGAGAGCGUUGUCAGAACCAGUGCUUCACGAAGAGGCUCUACCCUGACGCUGAGAUCAUCAAGACUGAGCGAAGAGGCUGGGGCCUCAGGACCAAGAGGAGCAUUAAGAAGGGUGAAUUUGUAAACGAAUAUGUUGGUGAAUUAAUUGAUGAAGAAGAAUGCAGACUGCGCAUCAAACGAGCGCAUGAGAACAGCGUAACUAAUUUUUAUAUGUUAACUGUUACCAAGGAUCGCAUCAUUGACGCUGGCCCCAAAGGCAAUUACUCUCGUUUUAUGAACCACAGCUGUAAUCCAAACUGCGAAACACAGAAGUGGACGGUGAACGGGGAUGUCCGUGUGGGACUGUUUGCCCUCUGCGAUAUUCCUGCAGGAAUGGAGCUGACCUUUAAUUACAACCUGGACUGUCUGGGCAACGGCAGGACGGAGUGCCACUGCGGGGCUGCCAACUGCAGCGGCUUCCUCGGGGUGCGGCCCAAGUCGGCCUGUGCGUCAACAGCUGAGGAGAAGGCCAGGAAUGCCAAGCUAAAGCCCAAGAGGCGGAAGCCCAAAGCAGAACCAAAGCAGGCGCAUGAAGAUUACUGUUUUCAGUGUGGAGACGGGGGAGAGCUGGUCAUGUGUGACAAAAAAGACUGUCCCAAAGCGUACCACCUCCUAUGCCUUAACCUGACACAGCCGCCCUACGGAAAGUGGGAGUGCCCGUGGCAUCAGUGCGACGUGUGCGGGGGCGCCGCCACCUCCUUCUGCGAGUUCUGCCCGCACUCCUUCUGUAAGGAGCACGGCCAGGGGGCCCUGGUGCCGUCAGCCCUGGAAGGCCGCCUCUGCUGCUCCGAGCACGAGCCCGGGGCGCCCGUGUCCGAGGAGUGCUGGGGCAAGAUGAAGUGCAGGCGGGAGUCGCAGGAGCAGGUGGAAGAAGCCAGAGAAUGAGCGCCCGGUGACGGCGGUGCCAGCCAGGCCCGGGCGCUGCGGAGCCCCAGAGCCACAGCAGCGCUCUGCAGCCCCGGAGCCGGCUCCGCAGGCAGGAGCGGGCGGGUCUCCUUGCUGGUCCUCGGGGUGGGUUGGGGGGAUUCUGUGGAGGGUGAAGUUCCCUGGGUUUCUUGGUUUUGUUUUUGUUUUUCCUCGCCUUUUGUUGUGCUUCAAGGCCCCUACAGUUGGGGAAAAAAAAGAGAGGUGUCUUCACUUUUUAAACUAAGAACAAAGAGGAAAGGGUGUCUUGUGAAUGAGAUGAAUUGCAGGUCAAAGACGCGUCGUUCCUUGAUUGUAUAAAGCAAAAGUAGCCACCUUCCUUUUAUUUAUUUUCAUCUUUAGGACCUCGAAAAGUGUAGUGCAAAUAGUCUAACCAGUGUAUGUGUGUGUGCGUUUUCGGUAGGCGGCAGAGCGCCCCAGGACCAGUGUGCUAACCUCUAUAUACCUCUUACUCAACGGGAGCUAGACUAACUUCCACUUCCUCGCCAGUGGUGCAGUCCCAGACAAGGGCUCUGGGGGAGGCUUCAGUCCCGGGGGUCCUGGGACGCGGGACCCCAAAAGGCAUCUGUGCGUGUUCUGACCCAGAGGAGCCGCAGGUGCUGACUGCGCAUGUGCUCACAGCGUGUUCACGCGGAUGUGAGCGUGGAGCUAGAGCGGUCGGUGUGUCAUGCGAACCCCCAGAAAGGACAGCCAAAGGGAGCGCACACAGGGCCCCGGCCACGUGGUGCCAGUCUGACCCAGAGCGGGGGCGGGCGUGUUCCCGUGCCUUUCCCUCCAGAGGAAGCAUUUCCUCUGUGGACCGACCAUUUUCCUGGGAAAACCACGCAUGCAAACCGGUUCUGCAUCUUUCUAGCUGGGCUCCAUCCUGCAGGUGUGUCAGGUAACAACUGGUACCUUCCCCAGUAGGAAGAGCCAUCCAAACCCUGUCACCUUAGAGAGUGAGCCGCGAUGGUGCCAUGCCGCUGGAACCUUUGGAGUGGUUGGUGCAGGAGAUGGGCCCACAGAACUCAGCCUCGCGCUGCUGCCUGCCUGUCUGCCUGCCUGCCCGUGCAGGCAGCUGGUAGGGGACGCCAGGCGCUGCUGUGCCAGCACGGGACCCUGCGCACUCUAGCCAGGCCCUCUGCCUCCGGCCCUCCCUGGCCGACCAGCAAGGCAGGGCGCUGUGGUGCCUGUCCUCUGCCCCAUGUGCACCUUCCUGUCUGCGACUCCUCUGCACAGAAGGGGGACGGCUGUGCCAUGUCCCCCUCGUUUGUGCAAGUACACUCCCCUUACACAGCCUCCACAGCACCCCAUCUGACUCCUUCACCCCUGCUCCUGAGCUGCCCUUGGCCAGCUCCCAGCACUUCCUCAGGAGGUGACUGCUGAUGGGACACAGCCCCCCAGCAGGCAGAGGGGAAAGCCGCCCGCGCCCCGCACAGCCGACCGCCCCAGGGACAGGACGCCCCGCUCGCCAAAACACUAACCUUUGCUCUCGAGCAAUUCUAGAGUCUGAUGUCGUUUUGAAAACUAAUUUAAGAAAAUCUAGGUUUUAUCAUAUUGAAAUUUUAUUUUCUAUAUAUAUACAUAGAUAUAUAGAUAUAUAUAUACACACAAGAUCCCUGUUUGGGUUUUUAAAUGUACUAACAUGAAGGUUUCCUUGACAUUCCGCACGUGACUUGCUGAGACAGUAUUCCCAUGCAGUCUAACCUCGGGCUAAGUUUUGGACUUCGUGCUAUUUACUAUCUGAGAACUUUUCUAUGGUGAGCCAGGGUACCUCCUGUACAGUGCAGAUACCUUAGGGCUAAGCGUUUUUAUAACAGAACUCUGCUAUGUUCUGGGUUUUUUGUUUUUUAAUUUUUUUUUUUUGACAACUAAUUGAAUCGUUCCACCACUUCAGAAACCUAAAGUAGCAAAACAAACAGCUGGUCGCAGCUCUGAGCCUUUGGUGAUGUUCUUUAAGGGUCUAAAAAGUGGGUCCCGGUAACACCAGGGCCCUGCUGUGCUGCAGCAGCUGACUGUGGCUCGGCUUGGGGGAUGGGGGCGCCCCGCUGCUCGCCCGGGCUCAGCUCCUGUCAGCCACCUUGUAAUGUCCCAGUACACGGCAGCAUGGAGAGGGGCGGCGCCCUCUGUAGCUGCAGCUCAAUUCUUGGCAGGAAUAAACAAUCCCCAGGGUUUUGGACAGCAGCACAAAGCUCCAGCUGCUGGAGCAGUAGGCGCUGAUGAGGAGGUCUUGGGGGCGCUGCCCAGGCCGUGUGCAGUGGAGGGCAGAUGGGCUGGCUGCCCCGGGAACGCCAAGGCUGCAGAGUGGGAGCCGACGGCCAGCUGGCAGGUGUUAACUUGCCACUUCCCAAGUUCCCACUCUCAGCCUGGGGCCAGGGUGGACUGAGGUUUGCCUUCGCGGAAACAUGCAGAAUGCUGUGUUCCAGUCAGGGACGCAUCAGGAAGGUGAAGCAAAGUACCUGGGGGUUACAGGGGCUAGGGGACAUGGUCCCAGGUGCCAGCCACGGUCAUGUCAGCUGUAACUAGAACACACCUGGGACCUGUCUGCCUUUCUGGCUCCGCUCAGUGCCCAGCUCCUUUACCUUCAAGGCAAGGGGCUGGCGGGGCCGACUGCCCGGAACGCCUUCCUUCAAGCCUAGGGCCAGCUCUGCUGUUUGCUCGUGAACAACCUGAAAUAGUCAUAAUUAACAAGUUUCUGUUGUCUGGUGGGCCAGGGGACAGCUCUGCUUGGCCAGCUCGGCAGUGGACUGCCAAGCCAAGGCAAGCUGGAGCUGCAGCCAUGUCCAAGUGUGGCGGGGAGGUGGGGGAGCAGGAGGAAGGGGGUGCUCUUGGCUAGGGGAGGGGGGACGCCCACAAGCCCCACAGACAUAAUGUCACUUUAGCACUGCUGCUGCCUCAUCGCGUCCCGGUGGUGGAUGUACUUGACAACCUGGAGAUUUUUCCCUUUGCUUUCCCUCUCGACUUGAAAUGGAGAGUAGAGUAUUAUGGGAGCCGGCAGUCCGGUCUCUGCCCCUCUUUUCCCUGAACUGAAGGCCACAAACCGCCUCCAGUCCAGCGAGUGCACUUGGGGACAGAAGACAGUGGCCACCUGCCCGACCUCUCCUGUGUGUGUCCCUCUGUCACACCCAACCCCGGCUGCCUCUGGCACUGCUUCUCUCCCUUGUUAAUAUACACCUGUUCAGAAAAAAAAAAAAUGAUUGCACUUAUGCCACACUCCUGAAAUGCUGAGUAUAACCCUUGGGUCUCCACGACCCCAUUUCCGUUGUGUUUCUUGUUUCCGUUGCUCAAGUGACAAGUCUGGGUGCUUGUGCCCCUGUGUGAAGUUUGGGGGGGUGGGAGGGGGGCAGCCAGAAGGCCCUGGUCUCUGGCAGACUGAGUGUCAUAAACAUGUAUUUGAAAAAGGGACGACAGUCUCGUAUUUCGUGCUUGGCCGUCUUAGGGGCCUGUUGCAGGUGCCCCGCAGCAGGCUGUGGCCGCGUGCCCCGGCUGGGCCGUUCCUGAGGCACUUCCUUGUCUUCAAAAGCGGCUGGAUGGACCUUCCCUGUAGGGUCAGUGUUGUCAGUCCCGUUUCGUUCCAUUCAUCCUCUUCCUUCCCCCACGUUGAGGAAAUCCUGUUGCCAUUAACAACAUGCAUUGCUCCAUGGUGAUGGCGACCCAUUGACCAGCGUCAUCUUUUCGUGUCCAAGCGUGUGUGCAUACCUGGACCGACGAGAAGCCCAUCUUUCUCUCCCUGAGUGGCAGUGCCCAGCACUCAUGGGCACCCCAACCCCAUUUCCUGUCCCCCUGUUCUUUAUGAUGGUGACUUCUGUGUACUUUAUGUGUAAUCGACUUGGUAGAACCUCGGAAUUCUGGCCUAAAUCACUCGAGAUGCGAGUCUACUAACCUGGCACCAACCCCGCUCACUGGGUGCCCGUGGCUAGAAGCUCUGACACUAAGGGGUUGGUCCGUGUCCGUUUCCCUGGGAUGUCCCGCCAGGCGUGACUGUGCAGGCUUCGUGUUGCCGCGGGGAGUUCAAGGUCUGUACUGUGUGAGGGUUUCUGUUGCCUGGCUCCUGUCCCAUUGCAUAGCGUGACCCGUGUCAAGCCUGGUGACCGUGUACAUAGAUAGCCUACUGACCCGUCACAGUGUCCUUAGGAAUGCUUGUACUAUUUAAGCCCGUAAUUGAUGUGUGUGCUGGUAGGAACAUACUUUUUGUACAUUCUAUUUGCUGAAACGUUGCCCUUUGUUUUCUUAAUUUCACCCAAUACUUUGGAACUCCAAUGUGUUUUUUGCUUCCUUGACGAUUAAUUCGGAAAAGGUUUUUAAUGACAUUCCACCAAUUUCAGAUUUUGCUUGAGAUUGACUUCAAUAAAUUGUCCUUGUAUGUUCCAAGUUAAA